UGCGUUAGUCUGAAUGGAGGUUCGGUUGUGGUGGCCAUGGCUCUCGGCGCCGAUCGUGGGUUCGUCCUGCACGGGGUCAGGAGCCCUCUGAGGUAGGCGUUGGAGCCCUGGCUUCACCGGGUCAUGGUAAUCCGGCUGAGGGUGGCGACGGACCUUGUCCUGGGUAGCUUUGGCCAGUCCCCACGGGCCGUUGCUAGGGCGGUUGCCAUGGACGCCGCGACAGCAGCGGCCCUGUUCAUUCCUGUUUAUUUGUGGAUACUCCGCCAUUAACUUUUAUCUGAAAUGAUGGAUAGAGAAUUUCACCAACUCAAUCGUAAAAUAAAAUUCAGAUCGUUUACAUUUUUUUCUGCUGACUGUGGCAGUUGUGGUUUUGGUUUUGAGCCCGGGUUCGCCUCAGUCUCCACUUUUGCCAUCUCUACACUGCAGCAACUCGCCAAUUCCAUCCGGAAAGAGAUAAGCAGCAUUUCUGUGAGCAGACUUCUCACCCAAGUUUCCUUCCAAGAUAAACUCCAUCGUGAAUUGAACUACAUUUAAUUCAGUUGUUGGAUCACAUUCUGGAAUAUCCUACAAGGAAGAAACUAAAUGGAUACCUUACAAAUUCUCAAAGGACAUUCACCACACAUCAGCAAAGGGACAUAUCAGCAGAUACAGCAAAAGCUCUCAUGGAUGAUAAACUGAAGGAAAUGCCUGUGUCAGCCAGCAGCAAGGAAUGUCCCAGCAUUGAUGAAUUGGAACAAAGUUUAAGUGAACUGAAGGUGCAGGUAAAAGGCUUGACUGACAGUCUGAGCCCUGAAUUAUUGACAGAGUACAAGAAAAUAGGAGAAUCGGACGGCAUCUUUAGAUCCAGUGGCAAAAACGGUGACUGGCUAGGCUCAACUGGUGGAACAUUUCCUGAGGAGGAUGUAGUUGGACAAGCAACAAAUUCUGAUGAGUCGGAAUGGUUUCUGAGGCCAAGGCAUAUUGUGCAGUCACUUGGCAGAUAUCCAGCACUUGAAGAACUUAGUGUUCCCGUUCAUGCUAUCUCACCAGUUGAUCAAGUGGUGGGUCUCACAGAGAGUGAACUCUCCAGCAAAAACAACAUAACGUCUCCCAUCUCACCUGUAGACAUUACCUACAGAGAAAGAUUUCCGCUUAAGAUUGGUGCGCCACAUGUAAUUGGAGUCAGGGCUCUUCUUCCUCCUCAGAUACCCGUCCGGCCUCAAUCGCCUGAACGAACCAGAUCAUCAUUCCUCAGAGAUCGAGCUCAGACUCUCAGGCGUCCUAGGAACAUCCGAUCACGAUCUCUGUCCCCAGCUUGUAAAAGAAGUCGUUGGCUGCAGUCCCAUUCGGAAUCUCCCAAACCUGUUUGGAGACCAAAUUCUACGAAAGUAAAUGCAUGUGGACAGCCCCCUCCCCCCAUUAACAGGCAGAGGUCAAGGAGCAGCAAGAUAAGUUCCAACAGACUGACACAAUCAUAUUCCUACAGACCAGAGAAAUUCAAUUCAAGCUCCCAACUUGUGUCAAGUCAGAGCCUGGAUGACAGCUCAAGCUUCUUGUGGACUCCAUACAGUUUAGCAGCCCCAGCUGUGUCAUCUCUUUCUGCUCAGGAAAUCAGUAAAAGGUUCCUGCAGUCGUUGGCAGAGGGCGAUGUCAGACAAUCAUUGGUGGAAAUGUCACCAUACCAACAAGAACUCUCCCAUCUGAGGUUGCAACGUCUCCGAGUUGAGGAAGAGUUUCUCCUGGAGCUGAAACGACAACAAGAACUGGAGAGAAUCCGGGGUCCACAGCCAAAGUGGUAUGAAAUGAAAGGAUCUCGCUUCCAUUAUGAAGCUCACAAGAACAAUGAAUUGAUACGAAGCAGCAAGGACUAGCGGUCUAUUUUUAAAUAUCGGGAGGAUCUGCUCUCUGCAUCCAAGGACUUUGUUCCAACCAACUGUCACAGAAACCCAGAUUCUAUGUGAUAUUCAACAGUAACUAUUCUGGUUUGCUAACAUUCAAUCAUCCAGGCAUUCAGAAAAAUUACUCUCACAUGUGUCUAUUUGAAAGUAGGACUAUUAUCCUCUGUAGUCAGGUCUCAUUGACACACUAUAGUAUGAUCAAACGUCAAUGUGAGACCUCCACCAGGAGUAAGCGUUUCAUUCUGACUGGAAUGAAGCAGAAUGAAGUUGAAUUUAAGAAUUACUAAGGUGGUUUGAAUACUGGGCAUGUUUAUGAAUUCCCUGCUUUCCAAUAAUAUUAAGUGAUAAUGAAAUGGAACUAUGUGCAUAGAUGUUAGCAAUCAGCAGGCAGGCAGAAUGUGAAUUAUAACUGUAUGUGACUCUGUGUUGCUUAUAUUGUCAGAUUGGUGGUAUAGUAACUGCAUCAUGAAAUGAUAUAAAUUUGAUGUAAAGAGUAUGAAUGAUUUUCUUGAAACUUUUCUCCUGGAAAGCAAAAGUUUGCUGUCUAAUCCUGAUUCAUUUUGAUGAAGCUGUUUGUUUCAAAAAUGCAAGAAAGAAAAGUGCUUGUAUCCUGCAAGCAUGGUGACCUUCUGUAAAGAUGCAACAUUAUAAAAAUAGAUUUGCAGCAAACAUUCCAAUUCUUUGCCAAGAAAUGAAUGAGUUUUUAAAACUUGUGCUUCAUAGUUCCUUAGAUGCUGCAUUUGCAGUUGUAGCAUAUGCAAUAUCAUAGGAUAUAUGCAGAUCAUGAAGGUCAUUUGGCCCAUCUUAACAUCUGUAGAUAUAAGUUCUACACCCUCACCCUUCAACCUCCGUCACAGUAUCUAAUUGUAUCAUUCCAUGGUAUUGGUUUCCAAUUGUCUACCCAACUGACGUCAGUUCUAAUGUGCCUUCCAUUAAUUUAAACCAGCAGUUCAUACGUUGCUGAUUUAACUUUUUCUUUAAUGCUUAUUCAUUAUAUAAUGCUUUAAGGUUCUCACUCAGUCACUUCCUUUCAAGGCUGAAAGACUCAAGUUUCUCCAGUUUUGCCUCAUAAUUUAGUUUGUUUGAUGCACAAAAUCAGCCUCGUGCCUUCACAUCACAUCCUCAAUGCUUGAAUAUUUUCCAAAAGCCUUGUUGGCCAGAUGUGGUCUGCUUGCACUGCUGGCUCAUUAUAAUUUCCUGAAAUUUGUAUUUUCUUGUACACAAUCCAUUCAGCAUUUCUUUUGCUUUAUUGAUUCCAGUAACGUCGUGAUUACAUACGUCAAGCAGCAAAUCUGCUUAUUCAGUUUUGUCUUCUUUAACUUCACCCUUCAACAAUUCUGGCAGGAUACAUCUGCUGCUCUUUGUAGAGCUUUCUAUAAUCCACUUGGUAUGUCAUGUCUUAAAGGAAGUAAAAUAGCUUAGUUAGGCAAAAUCAUCCCUUUUAGUAUCUACUGGCUGAAGUAAUUGAACGAUUUAAUUCAAUUCAAGAUAGGUUCACUGAAAAUAACUGAUCAAACAAUGGCAACACAAACGUUUCUUGUUUUAAAAUUAGUUCUGAUCUGUAACUGUAAUAUUAAUUUUGCAUGUCACCAUUUAGGUGAGUAGUAAAUAUAAGUGAUAGACAUAAAAGUGUCAAAAUUAUGAAGAGGUUGGUGCAUUUACUGUUGUCAGUAGGGAUCAAUGCAUUUAUUGAUACAUUUGUCAUCAGUGGGGAUUGGUGCAUUUGUUGUCUGUGUGCUUGUUUUUGAUGG